AUGAGUCAAAUCCUUUUUAAGGCUCCAACAGUGUUGAGCCGCCAUUGUCAGAUACGAUCUCUAUCGAGCCGACUCCGAAAGCUUGCAAGCCAUCCGACGUCCAUCCGUCCAUCCAGAGAUGAGGUCAAGCAUGAACGCCUUUCUGAUCAGAAUCUAGAGGUUGCAAUACGUAGCCUCCAUUGGGAUGGGCUUGUGGUUAUUGAAAAUGUUAUCCCUCAUGACUGCCUCGACCGACUCAACGAAAAGAUGGUCGAAGAUGCCUACUAUCUUCAGUCCAAGAAAGGAGACAGUCCAUUCAACUACAACCCCGGAAAUAUCCAACAAGAUGCUCCUCCGGUAAGGGAGUACUUCGAGCCCAGUAUUUUCAUGAAUUCCAUCGCCACUCAAAUCACCUCAUCAGCACUAGGACCUCGUCCAAAAUGGACGUUUUGCUCGGGAAAUACUGCAAUGCCUCCAACUGCAGAGAACCCUCCCAAGUCCCAGCCUGUCCAUUCAGACGCAGACUUUGCUCACCCGACUCACCCUUUUGCACAUGUGAUAAAUGUUCCGCUCAUAACCAUGACCCCAGAGAAUGGCUCUACCGAGGUAUGGCUGGGAACACACAUUGGCUCGGGCCUACAUGUUCAAGAAGGGGAGCACGGUGAGCGUGCUAGCGGCCGCAUCAAGCUCGAUGAGCUAGAAAAGCGUCGUCUAGAACGCCCGCCAUGCCAACCCGUAGUUCCAAAGGGCUCUCUGGUCAUUAGAGACCUUUGCCUUUGGCAUGCUGGAGUUGGCAAUCAGACCGAGGAUCCUCGAGUCAUGUUGGCAAUGAUCCACUUUGCUCCGUGGUACAGGAACUCUAUGAAACUCGAGCUUGCGGAUGACCUGAAGCCUGUCAUUGAGGGCCAGGCCGAGCUGGAGGUUCUCGUGGACUGGGUGAGCAAGUCAGAAGCACUUUCGAGGUAUCUGAACCGUGGGUUUGGAAAUGCGUACGAUUUCAAUCAGCACCCUUAA